AUGUCAAGCCCUGGUCUCUUGCCUAGCACUUCUGCUGGUUAUCCGCCAACAACAUCUUUCCCUCCACGAUCUCCAUCCUCUACAACGCCCUCAGAGGAUUCCACAUCAACAGUCUCUGCUCACUCUUCCCACAGCACACACAGUCCCAGUCCUGCUUCCCCAUCAACGCCAGCUGAGCGCUCUACCGCCGCAGCAGACGCUGCUCAAACAUCCUCCACUGUCACGGGGGACACAACCAUCUUCUCCUCUGUGUCUGUGUCAUCGGAACCCACAGUUUCCACGGAGGCUUCCCCUAGCUCGGCCACUGCGAGUUCUGAAGUCCCAUCGAGCACCGGACAGGCAUCCACCAGUCCCGCUGUGUCAGGGUCGACCGCCACGCCAGUCACACUGAAUCCCACGGAGAGCAGCACCAUCUCUGCAUCUUCUCAAGCCACAGACUCAUCUGCCACGAGCUCUACUGAAGGGCAGUGCUACAAUGGGACCAUUUGGAAUGGAAAAGAAUGUGUCUGUCCCCAAGGCUACUCUGGUUACCAGUGUCAGUCCCCCGUGGAAUAUGUCUUCAUAGAAAUCCCGAAAAAAAUCAAUGCCACUGUAGACGUAAGAGUGAAAGUGACUAACUGGAAUUUCACAAAAGACCUCAAUGACAGCCUCUCCAAUAUACACCAGGAGUUCGUUAAAGUAUUCAAGAGUCAGAUGGAUAAAGUUUACGGUGGCAAUGACUUUCCCCAAUACAGAGGCGUGAUCAUUAUGAGACUGCUCCCUGGUAGUGUUGUGGUGGAACAUGAAGUUGUCAUGGAGGCAGACUUCACUUCAGAGUCUCAGCCGCUGUUUGCAAACCUCACUAAGAUCAUAAGGGCCAAGAUUAUGAGUGAGACCGGAAAUCUACCCAGCAAUUCUGAAGUGUGCAAAAAUACCUCACUCCUGUGCUACAACAAGGAGGACACCUUGGUGAAUGAGACUGCAAACCUUGGCUUUGACCUGCAAGAGCAAUGCUCUCAGAAUGUUGCGAAGGACUUCGCCCAAUUCUACUAUGUGGAUGAUCUGAAUGGGAAGCUGGCCUGUGUGACCAAGUGCACCUCAGGGACGAAGUCGCAAAUGAACUGUCACCACGGCCAGUGCCAGCUGCAGCAAAGUGGCCCCCGUUGCCUAUGCCUGAACUCAGACACGCACUGGCACUGGGGGGAAAGCUGUGAAUUCAGCACCAGCAAGAGCAUGGUGUAUGGGAUCGUGGGGGCCGUGGCGGUGCUGCUGGUGGUCUCAGUGGUGGUCCUGACCGUCUUACUCAGCCUAUCCCAGAGAAAACUGUACAGGCAAGAGUACAACCUGUCUCGAGGGUGGCAAGAAGAAGACAUCCCUGGCAAUUUCCAGAGCACAGGCGUCUGGGAAGGUCAGAAUCUGAAGGGGGACACAUUUGCCCUUGAAAGCAUUUACAGAAACUUCCAGCCUUCCCUGCACAACGUGGACCCCAACAGAGAGCUCCACAUUCAGAGGCCCACAGUGGUGACAACUCCUCAGUGA